AUGCCCUCCGAGAGUGUUUCAUACCACCUCGCGGACCUGGUCGACCGGAAGGCGGAACAGGUCCACCUGGCAAAUCAACUACAGUCAGAUAUCCGCAAUCAGCAGCAGGAGCUGAAGGAGCGGCUUGACGACCUGGACGAGGAGGUGGACGAAGACGGGUUGUCAGAGGGGACCAAGCGGGGGGUCAGGCAACUGGAACAAGACAUGUGGCGAUGGGAGAGGGACAACUAUGAAACCAUGGGGCUGAUGACGCGCGAGCUGUCCGGACUCAGUCUGCUCAAAGCCUGGAAUGCUCUACCUUCUGCUCUCAAACCGGAGCCGCGAGAUCCAGCACCUCAAGGCCGCGUGCUCCUCCUAGACUAUGCCACUCAGAUCGACCGUAAAUUGCUCGACGAAGUCGGGAGAACCCAGCAGCUACUGGCCGAGCGAGAUCAGGCGGUCGAGAAGGCGAUCAAGGAGAAGUCAGCAAGUGAUGCCGAGAAGGAAGUCCUGGUGGCGAAGUUGCGAGCCGCCGAGGCAGACAACGAAUCGUACAAAGAGAAGAUUAAGGAGUUGCAGUUGCAGAUGCAGAUGGGCAGCAUGGGGCUCGGAGGUCAAGACGGCGAGAAUGCUCGAAAGGUUGCGGCCUGCCGAGAGCAGAGCUAG